GAAUAGGACUUCUACGCAUGCGGGAGGCGGGGCCAGCUCGGGCCGUCUGUGCCUGACGGUGGCCCGGAGGGGGCCGGCGGGCGCUGGCAUGGCGGAGGCGGAGGAUCCCUGACAGGUGGUCCAGUUUGUUGCAUAGAAAUGUAUAUUCAAGCUUUUAAAACGAAAGGAAAGGCGGGAGAGCUUUCUAGGCAGAGGGAGCCGCGUGUUAUCAAGAGCCAGAGCCAGGAGGGAACCUUUCACGUGGACUAUUCAGUAAAGGAGGAUCGGCUUCCUCCUACUUGAGCUGCAUAAAUGUUUUCACCGUAGAGGACCCGUAGUUCCUCAAAUCCCUGAGCAUGUGGUACUCGGCUGCGGUGGGGUUCUGUGGAAGAAACACCUUAGAGAUCCGUCGCAUUUCCAAGGUUCCUAUUUACCAUUUGGAAUCACCCCACUUCCUGUCUGGAAGACAGAUGUCGGCAGCCGAAAUGAAGGAUUUCUUGGAGGUUUUGGACCAGUUGUAUAAGAAGGUACUUGUGGGCGCCACACUGGAGAACGACACCCAGGAUUACAUCUGCUGUCUCCGCCCAGCGUGUUCAGAUCACAGCGGCUCUGGGACCGCCUCCUCCCAGCGUGCAAUCACCCUCGGUGACCAGGGCCAGAGGCAGCCGUCCCCUGUCCUUCCGACCACCGUUCCUGUCGCGCCUGCGCCAGGGAAGAGCAGUGCCCGAGACUUAACGCUCCUUCGGUUGACGGUGAUCCAGGUGAUGGUGACCAGGAUACUGUCCGUGGAGACUGAGUUCCGAGCAAAGGAGAAGUACAGAGAGAUCAUUGCAGUUCUUUUAAAAUCAUCGGACCUUGAUUCCCAAUUAAUCUGCAUGUUCCAGGACUCGGAUAAGUUGUUGUCUCACGUGGCUGCAAAAUGCCUCGCGUGGCUUCUGUAUUUCCAACUGAGGGAAAAGAUAACAUUAAGUAAUUCCUGGAUUGCUUUUUGCCAAAAAAAUCUUUCUGAACACUCUGAAAGUGAUAAGGUAGUUUACUGCCUCUGGACUCUUACUGCUGUAAUAAAAGAAAUCUUUAAAGAUACAUGUUCACAAAAAUCAGAGCUCCUACAGCAGCUCCUGACUCCUUUGGACGCUCCCUUUGAAGUCUUUUACAACUCCUUCUUUUCUCAGCCUCUCGACGGCCCCCCGGGCACCUGUCACUUAGCAAACACCUUGCUGGGUGUCCUGGAGCUGCUUGAACUCCUCAUCGCUUCCAGAACCCACCGGGACCUGCACUUCACCUGCCAGAGGAUUUUAUUUUUGAAACCGUCCUGUGUGCUGGAGGUCAUCACCUGGCCCGUGCAGGCUUUCGUCAAAAGGAAGUUCGUCAUAUUCCUCAAAAAGUGCCUUCUCUGGAAAGCGGGUGAAGACCUCUGCCGCGGGGCUGUCGCCGCCCCGGCGCUGCCGGAUCGGCAUUUGGAGGGGGACAUGGCGGCUUUAGCUGCUGCUGUUUUGCAAGCUGUGGAUUUGGGCUUAUUGAGGACGCUGUCUGUCCACGGAAAACCUUCCUGCUUUGCAGGCGGUGAGGUUCAGCCUGGAUGUGAGCGGCCCCCUGGUCCAGAUCACGUGAUCCUUAGAGCCGCGAGCUUGCUUGUUAUUAAAUCCUUAGAAAUCAAGAUUCAAAAGUGUGCUUCAGCCAAGGAAAUGGAAGGUGAUUUGCAGAGGUACAUGUCUGAGCUACUGACCUUCCUACAGCCUCACCUCCAGCCGUCCGUGCAGGCACACAACCCCUGCGAGUGGCUGUCUAGGGUCUUCAUAGAGCAAGAUGAUGACAUGCUGGAGGCUGCCAAAGCAUCCAUGGGCAUCUACCUCAAGCUCACCAGAGAGUAUGAAGCUGCUCAAAACUUGGCCCAAGAAAAAGAAACGUGGAACCAGCACACGCACGAAAACGGCUAUAACCCGCACUGCAUUUUUUUAUUCUUUUUAAAAAAUAUAGGGUUUGAUUCUACCGUUCUUCUCGACUUUUUGAUUUCAUCCGAAACCUGCUUCCUGGAAUAUUUUGUCCGAUACUUAAAAUUACUGCCCAAAGACUGGGAUGCAUUUUUCACCAUUUGCAAGUACUUUGAUGUAACCGAAUGUACCGAUAGCAGAAAUACUUGUGGUCGCAUCGCCUCACUUGUCCAAGACACAAGCAGCAACCACACAGAAUGCAGGCCGCUGGCUGCCCCUGGCAGUCACAGGAGCGCGCAGGCCUGUGUCUCCUGGGUGUCGGAGGCUUCCCCGGAACCACCGAACCAGGCCGCGAUCUCCCGGGAGAGCCACGCCAUGCCCCAGGCUGGCUGUCGGGCGUCCCCGCCAGCCGCUCAGAGCCUGGUAGAUUACGACACCUCCGAUGACUCCGAAGUUGAACCCCCAGACCUGUGCUCAGCAAAUAGUAAGCAGACAUCUGCACACCAAGACGCCACGGAGAAAAUUCAGGACACAGUGGGGACAGGGAGAGGUAAGAAAGAACUGAGCUCGGAGCUUCAGUCCGGGCCUACGGUUCCGAAAGAAUCCGAUACUCCUUUCUCUGUGGAUUGCGAUGAAGCCCCAAGGAACGUUGGCUGUGAAGUGGGAACGUCUUACCGAACAGUAAAGUGUUUCCAAGAGCUGCAAGCUGCCAUUUCCCGUUUGCAGAAGAAAAACCUUUUCCCCUAUAACCCGACUGCCCUUUUGAGGUUGUUAAAACAGAUCGAGGCAAUUUGUAAUAAAAGCACGAACCCUCUGUGAAACGGUGGCAUUUUACUUCCAGGAACUGUUUGUUUUGCCUGAAUGAGGUGCUAGGAAAAGAGAAAACCUCCGAAGCCUUUUCUAAAUGAAGGCUUUUCUUUUGGCCAAUUAGAGGCAGCCUGGUGACUUACAAAGAUGUAGCGAGGCCAGCCCGCUCGUGUGGACGUAUGAACCAAGAGGUCGCGGUUCCAUUCCCAGUCGGGCACAGGCCCACCUUGCAGGCUCGAUCCCCAGUAGGGGGCGUGCAGGAGGCAGUGGAUCAGUGAUCCUCUCUCAUCAUUGAUGUUUCUCUCGCUCUCUCCCUCUCCCUCCCUCUGGUACAUGGCCAUAAAGGUAGCUCUAUCCUAAAUGGAGAGAAUGUAGAUAAACAUUGCCUGGUUUUGCCUUUUCUACAAAUGGAACCCAGGCAUAUGUGUUCUUUGGUGUCUGGCUUCGUCAACAUUAUUUGGAAGCGUGUUCUAAAUUAUUUUUUUCAAUAAUGGUCACGUCGCUGCAUUUCCACGAUUAAACCUCUCCGCAUUGUCACCUGCCCUCCGCGUGUGCUGGGAUGGUGACACUGACAGACAGGCUGUUUGUCAGACUCAAACAGGUUAUGCAGGGCCUUGUGCAAUGGGCCCCAACCUGCUGCUCUCACCCGCGGUCCUCCCCCACCCAUGUCUGAGCAGCGUCACCUUGAUUUUCUUACGUAUAUAUUCCUCCAUCACGCCCCAUCUUACAUGUUGGAUCUGGGAAGCCUCCCUCAUCUAUUUUGUUAAUUCUCACCCGAGGAUAUUUUUCCAUUGAUUUUUAGGAAGAGUGGAAGAGAUGGGGAGAGACAGAGAGAGAAACAUCGAUGUGAGAGAGAGAGAGAGACACACAUCGACUGGUUGCCUCCUGCACUCACACUGACCAAGGCCAGGGAUUGAGCCUGCGAGUGAGGUAUAUGCCCUCGGCUGGAAUCGAACCCGGGAUCCUUCAGUCCGUGGGCCAAUGCUCUAUCCACUGAGCCAAACCGACUGUGGCCUCCCCCGUCUGUUUUGAACCAUUAAAUCGUACUCACUGUGUGCUCUUUCCUGUAUUGUAGGAUUUGACACAUCAUUCGACAUUAUAUUUUAGUCAUGCGUGAACAGUCUGUUUGCCAAGCUCUUUCCAUUGUCCCUAGUGAAUAGCAUCCUGUCAGUCCCACUCUGAGCACAUGACAGAUGCUGAGUAAAUACGAAGGGCUCCCUCUUUAAGGAUUUAUUUUUUUACUCCUCACCCGAGGAUAUUUUCACACAGCACAGAGAGAGAAACAUCGAUGUGAGAGAGAUACAUGGAUUGGUUGCCUCCAGCACACCCCUGACCAGGGCCCGGGCCGGGGAUGGAGCCUGCAACCGAGGCAUGUACCCCCAACCGGAAUUAAACCUGGAACCCUUCAGUCCAUGGGCCGGUGCUCUAUCCACUGAGCCACACCAGCCAGGGCUGGGAGAGCAAUUUUAGUUGGAUCCACAGGGGAGGAGGAAAGCACAGAAAGACAGCGGUUUUCAACUUCUGUCUGUUCUCUGAAUACUGGGAAUUUUUGAGUGACAGAAAGGCUGAAAACCACACCAUCACUGAAGGCCACGGCCAGGUCGGCCAGGUCACCGGGCCUCAGGUUCUGCCUGUCCGACUCCUCCCACCUCUUCUGGGAGCACACGGGGGCUGCAGUCACCAGGCUUGAGCUGCCAAGGUGUUUGGAAACUUGACCUAAAUACUGACCUUUUAAUUGGUCUCGUCCUUUAUGUAAGAUGGUGAUGCUUUAUUUGAAUGCCCUCUCGGACACUGUGGUUGAUGAAAUGCCUUUCUGACUGCUACCACAGGUCACACUAGCAAACCAAUUCUAACUUCUGAUCAUUCUGAAGAAGGUAGAGCUGAGCAAAGCCAUAGAAGCCUUUAUACGGUGUAUUCCCUCCUAAUUAAAAAGCUCACUCUCUCUAUAUAUUUAAAUAUAUUCU